UAAGAUCAUGUUGUUUGACUGAUCUUUAUGUCGCUUGAGUUUGUCGGUGACAAUAUUUUUUUUUUUCGGGAACAAGGGAGAGAGCGAUGAGUUGGGUGUUAUUAACCCUGCCUCCAUCCCCAGCCCGGCCACUCGCAGAGCUCCUCCCGCCCCCUCCCGGCUCCGCGCUCCGCUCAUCAAUAGGGAGCACAUUUGAAUAAUGUGUGAGCACUUGGACUGGAGCCAAUCAGCUGUCAGAGGACCGUGAUGAAUCGCAAUGCAUUAUUGAUAAUAAUAAUUACGUUGACAUGCGCAUUUCUACUUGAGGGGGACUAAUUUGCCAAGCAGAAGAAAUUUGUAGAAGAAGGAGAGGAAAUAUUGUUGGCAACUCUUUGCUCCUGAUGGUUGCAUCAUGUCGAGGCGCAAGCAAGCCAAACCGCAGCACAUCAACUCCGACGAGCCCGGUGCGUUAGAGAAUGGAAUUCCUCCUGAUGAUCAAGUUGAGGAGAUUGGAAAUGAAGGGAAAAGGAUCAGAAUGGACGACACCAGGGUCUGCAAAAAGUGUUGUGCCGAAUUCUUCGAUGAAGAAGAAUAUAUUGAGCAUGAGAAAAAAUGCACAAAAAAACCGCAAGGGCUCAUCCUGAAAAAUGGAGAUGGCAAUGGAGUGCCUGAGGGAUAUUUACAAGGCUCCCCCGACGACCUUAUGAGUGACCAGGACGACAGCCAGUCCAGCAGCCAAUCCCCAUUAAAUGCCAAUCCAGACCAGCUGCAAAGAACAGAGGACGAGUCCAACAUGAACGCAGAGGACUCGGGACAGCAUGAUCAGACGGGGAUGCCUACUAGCCCUGAGAUGAAUUAUCAUCACUCGCUCAAAAUGCAAGAUACAAAUGUCACUCUUGAAACCAUGGCAGACACCAAAGUGGCGGUCUCCCAACAUUAUUCCAAUAAUACAGCUCUGAUCUCAUCACAGGAAGCCAUACAAGCCAUCCCGAUGAUCUUGGAACAGUUAGUUUGCCUUCAGCAACAGCAGCUACAGCAAAUCCAGAUCACAGAACAGAUUAGAAUCCAAGUAUCCAUGAUGACUCCAAACUGUCUGCAGUCAUCGGUAGGGGCAGUAAUGGACCCUCUGAAAGCCCUUGGCGCACAUCUCUCUCAGCAGUUGUCAGCUGCAGCUGCUCUGAUAGGAAAAAGGACAGGCAGUCAAAGCCUUUCUAUGGAGGCAAUGAAGCUAGGUAAAUUAACUCUGCCAGUUGGCAUCCAUCCCUGUCUACCUGAAGCAGUGGAAUCUUUUACUUCUAAAACUGACCUUUUGAAAGCAAUCCCAGAUCUGGCUAGCCGUUUACCAGGACAACUUCCACAGUCACCAGUUGUCAUGGGUUUCACUAACGGCUCCAACGGUAUCCAAGCCGACAUUGAGUCCUCUAAAAAAAUGAAGCCGGCGAUGCCGAUUGUCCCUCCAGAACCAAAGAAUGGCGACUCGGCAUACAGGCACAAGUGUAAGUACUGCGGAAAGUCAUUUGGCAAUGACAGUGCUCUCCAGAUUCACUUGCGUUCUCACACCGGCGAGAGGCCUUUCAAGUGUAAUAUUUGCGGCAACCGCUUCACAACCAAAGGAAACCUCAAAGUGCAUUUCCAGAGGCAUAGAGACAAGUAUCCUAACAUCGGCAUGAACCCACAUCCUGUGCCCGAGCACCUUGACAACAUCCCCACCACCAGUGGCAUUCCCUAUGGCAUGUCUAUGCCCAUGGACGAGUCAAAUAUGACCGACAUUAAGCCUAUGUUGCCUCAGCCAGCUGCUGGCUUCCAACAGUCACCUGUACCAUCAUUGAAGACAUUUGACAGCUACGCAGGGGACCCAUUUCCCCAGAGACCUUCCCCAUCAACAAGCGACAUCUCCCCAACCAUUUCCUCUCAUGUGUUCGGACAAGAAACAGCAGUGGAUCUGCAUCAGAAGGAUACUAAAGAACUGAUGGGCGCCCUGCAUCAUAUGAACAGUAAUUCCCUUAUAGGUGAACAAAGCUCUGGAACUGCAAAACUUCAGCAGAUGGUGGAUGGCCUGGAGAAGAGGACCAACGACCCCAACGAGUGUGUCAUCUGCCAUAGAGUCCUCAGUUGCCAGAGCUCGCUCAAAAUGCAUUACCGCACACACACCGGCGAGAGACCCUACAAGUGCAAAAUCUGUGGACGCGCAUUCUCCACCAAGGGUAACCUUAAAGCCCAUUACGGAGUGCACAGGGCUAACUCUCCUCUUAAAAUGCAGCACUCGUGUCCCAUCUGCCAGAAGAAGUUCACAAAUGCUGUGGUUCUGCAGCAGCACAUCCGCAUGCACAUGGGUGGGCAGAUCCCUAACACCCCUAUGCCAGAAACCCCGUUUGAAGCAGCAGAAGCCAUGGAAUUAUCUCUGUCGGAGGAGAACUCUACAGAUAUCCUUGGUUUUGAAGCAAGCUUGGAAGAUCCCGAGCCAGAGCUGAACUCCCAGAAACCAGACGACACCUCAGAUUCCCUCCCGCCCGCCUCUGAGGAACCACCACAGAAUCAGACUCCCCCCAUCCUGUUUUCGAGCCUUGAAGUUUUAAAGAGUCUGACCUCGGCUCUUGAAUUGAAACGACAGAGCAGCACCGCUUCGGAGAGUGAGGGACCAUCCCUACCUCCUCCCAGAGAGCAGGAGUAUCAGAACGGCCGCAGCCCUGCCAUUUCUGACCAUUCGGCCAUGUCCUAUCACUCAUCUUCCCCACUAAACAACAACACAAAUUGUAGCAAAUCUCCUGAGGCUCCCAGUAAUGAAUUUGCCCACAGUUCUUCUAGACCAGAGGGUGAUGGCGGUGCUCAAGGUGGCACUGAGUCAAGUGGAGCUCUUGACCUCACAUCUUCCAGCAGCUUCACCCCCAAAGCAAUCAAAGAGGAACCUGGCAUGCCAUACACAAAUGGAGACUAUGUAUCUGGCAACAUGUUCAUGAGGAUGCCAUCAAGUCUGGAUAGUCUGGAGAUGAAGCUUUCUUCAGAGAAUCCGUUGGGCCCUCACGGUUUGUUCAGCUCCCAUAUGCCUCAGGGAACCGCCAUGCCCUCGUCCAUCUCCAGCGCACCUCGACGAUCAUCCAAACAACACAUUUGUCAUGUCUGCUGCAAGAACUUCUCAUCUGCCAGCGCCUUGCAGAUCCACGAGCGCACUCAUACAGGGGAGAAGCCAUUUGCCUGCAAUAUCUGUGGCAGGGCUUUCACCACCAAGGGAAACUUAAAGGUACACAUCGGCACUCACAUGUGGAACAACACGUCGCGGCGUGGCCAGCGCCUGUCUCUGGAUAAUCCCAUGGCGCUGAUGGCAAUGAGCUCCGAGGCAAAGAUGAUUCCAGAAAUGAUGCAGGCCCCCAAAGACCUGGGUCCUCCACCAAUGAACUUUGAACAGUCUCUGUGGAACCAGUAUGCUGCUGCCUUCAGUGGAGGCCUGGCCAUGAAGACCAACGAGAUCUCUGUCAUCCAAGGGGGUGGCAUCCCCCUUCCAGGGAGCCCUGCUGGUGGGCCUCUGAUUGGCUCCACUGGGGGCCUCAUGAAGAUGGAUGGAUCCCACUCGGGCUUGCCUGGCUCAAUGGCCGAAAUGGAGAAGAACGGCUCCAGCAGCGUGCCAAAAUUGCAGUUCCAACAUUUCAUGGAGGAGGGUAAAAUUGCAGUUAACUAGGCUUUUUUCUUAGCCUUUACUCAAUUUACCAAAUGAACUCAGUUUUUGAAUGUCUCCCUUUUUUGAAUGAGGUACAAUCAAUAUUCAGUGAGAAUCUGCUAGAUAGGUUGAAUGUUUCCUGUAAUUUCAUUGCAGCGGUCUCUCUCCUCAUCUGAAUGAUUCUCAAGUGUUUUUUGUUUUUUUUGUUGGAAUUGAUAUAACUACUGUAGUUGUAUUUUAUUUGAUAUAAAUAUAUAUGCGGGUAUUUUUCCUGUGACUUUUGUUUUGCUGUCUAUCCAGAAGUUUGAAUGUACAACUUACUUGAAACUGCUUUAAUUCAGACUGUCUCCUUGAUACUUUGUGAAGGAUUUUGACUUUAAUAGGAAGUUUCAGGGCAUGAAUUUUUAAAGGAAACCGUGUAUCACUGUUCAGAAAUAUUGGUGUAGUUAACCGUAUAUAUCUAGAAUGACUACUUUAACUCAUUGUGUGCCAAAGGUUUUAUGACAUUGUUCAUUUUUGUAGUGGUAAAUGUCAUUAGCUGGUCUCAUUUUGAAAGGGCUUUUGAUCAGACUGACUUAUUCCAGUGUCUUGUCCAUUAAAUCAAGGUGCAACAGUUCACUCAUCUAUUUUGGAUCUCAUUUAAUACAAAAUAGGCUUUCAUUAUUGUUGUCAGUGCUAAGAUAGGUAAUGAUUUCAAGCUUUUGUCAAGUGCCUAUACUUGUUUAUUGUUGCUGUGUCUUUGACUGAACAAUAAGGUUGUAAUUGAGGCUCAUACUGAUACAUUUAUGUGUUGCACCGUUUAAUAAUAUAGCAUUGUAUUUCAUAUUUUCAUCAACAAAAGUAACAUAUUCCACUUGUAAAUCUGAAGAUUCAAAUUUAGUUGGCUGAGUUCUGAAGGCUUCUAUAUGGUCGAUGUUCUCAUGCCUGCACUUUAUAUCAGGUUUUAGUCACAUUUACAUUUUUAUAGUUACAUUUCACUGCUUUUAUUGUGAUGGCUAAGAGGGGAAAAGGCUAAUCAACAAUUUAGUUAACUUUUCCUUCCUGUCAAUUUUGUGUGUUACAACCAUUGAGUGUAAUUGUCAGACUCAUUUUUUUCGUAUCAACUUGUAGCAUCAUUAAUUUAUUUAUAAUUCACAAAAUGCUUGAGGUUAGGGGGUAAGUUCUACCUCGUUUAGAUUUUAGUUGUCCUCCGUGCCCCCUUCUCUCAACGCAAUGCGCUGUAUGUUUUCUGAUACAUUCUCGAGUACAUGAUGAGAUUUUCAUUCUCAACCUGCUGAGUUGAACAGUAAUGAAUGUAUCACUGGACACUUUACACAACUCAGAAUGGUCAGAGUACUUUGUAGGCCCCUGCUGUACAUUCCUUAUCGAUAUGCAUUUGCCAAGUUGUGCCUUUCUUUAGCAAACCAUGUCAAAACUGCUUUCAGGUUGGUCUCUACAAUUAAAGUGAUGUUGAGCCAAUUUGGCCUGUUUACAAUGUAAAUGUUUUUUGUUUUUCAAAUGUUUCCUACACCUUAAUAUUUUCUGAUUUUGAAAAAUAAAAUCAGGUUGACUUUUUCAAUA